GUCCCGUCCAUUCCCUCCCCUUCACAUGCACCCGGUGACGUGCCAAGGCAUGGUGUGCUCCAGCCCUGUGCUGAGAGCUCAGGGGCAGUCGAGCUCCACCAAGGAAGACAGGCCUGGCAGCGAGCCAGACCUCACGUGGCUGGUUAACCUCACAGGCGCCCACAUCGGCUUGCCCCCCAUAUCUGAGGACCCCGAGGACCGCUGCACCAUCUGGGAAAAUCUGGUCAGUCUGGUGGACUUUCAGUCCCCAGGCUUUCCCCUGACUGCUGAGGAGCUGUGCGAGUACAUCGACAUUCCCCGCACGGCCAUCUCCUCCUCCUCCACCUCCAUGACCACCACGACGCACCACGACGCGGCUGAGCCCUCUCAGCUCACGGGGAACAUCAACUACAAGACCAACCCGCACGUCAGGCCACCCUACUCCUACGCGACCCUCAUCUGCAUGGCGAUGGAAGCCAGCAAGAAGCCCAAGAUCACCCUCUCGGCCAUUUGCAAGUGGAUCAGUGACAACUUCUGCUACUUCCAACCUGCUGAUCCCACCUGGCAGAGCUCCAUCCGGCACAACCUCUGCAUCAACAAGUGCUUCAUCAAGGUGACCCGGGAGAAGAGCGAACCAGGGAGAGGCGCAUUUUGGAAGCUCCACUCCAGAUAUGCCAACCGGCUCAAGAGCAGGGCCUUCAAGGAGUGGAGGAUGUCACCAGUGCAGAUCCAGCCGGGCUCCCCCGAAAGAGCCCAGCAAGAGGCAUGGCACGUCAUCAGCCCAGCUGCCUCAGCCUGCAGCUCCCGUAACAACCUCGAGAUCAGCAUGGAGCUGCAGCAGCUGCUGAAGGAGUUUGAAGAGUUUGAAAACAGCCAGAACUGGCAUGGCGUGGAGAAGGAAGCGGGGCAGCAGCGCGAGCAGCCCACGCCAACGGCCAAGGCGUCUCGGCUUCCCAGCUCUGCUUCCGGGAGCCAGGAGGAGCGGAAUGACCUGACCGAGCUGAAGGGUGACACUGACUGGGAAGCUCUCCUGAACAACCACCUGGACGAAGGAGACUUCUCCAUCCUUGGGGAUCUGGAGCUCCCGCCUCCCAUCCAGCCCAUAACACCCCACCUGGACUGGGCGGGACAAGGGCAGCACACGGACUGUCCCCAAGAACAGGAACGAGUCCUCACCAAACCCAACCACAACAACCCAGGCUUGGAUGAAACCCUCAUGGCCACAGCUUUCCUGGAGUGUGCCUGGCACAAGGAAACAACGGAGAACCUCUCCAACUUCGUCCCCAUUGACCAGGGGGCUGAAAACAUCCAGGCCUCUUUGCCAGAGAGGGAUGUCACAGACUGGAACAUUCUGACCUGCUUCCAUUGACACUUCACUGGAGAUGGUAGAUGUUCUAUUCUCAUGUUUGGCAGAUAUGUUGAAGAACUGCACAGAUACUUCGACACUUUAGCUUUUUUUCAUGCAAAAGUUAUUAAUAAAUUAAACAAAAUAAUGAAGACGAAAAAAAGGAGAAGAAACCCCCCUUCUGCCUCCUUGUUUCCCUCCGGCACAGCCUGGCUCUGCCUGAGCUGCUGCCCUGGAGGCAGGGGAGAUCUCCUCAGCCCAGCCCUGCUUCUACACCCAGCCCCAGGACACGGGAACUCUCACCCACUUCCACGAUGGCACAGCUGUUACCCACGGGGAAAGCGAAGCACAGACCAGCACCAGCGUGCCAAUGGU